UUUCGGCGUCACCUGCAGUGGACCAAUCAUCGUGGGCCACGGUGAGAUUUUGUUCCUGAUGUAUUUGUGUGGGGACCGCAGCAGUGCUACCAGUCUGUGUUUUUCAACUGAGAAGACCGGGAGGGAGCAAUCGAAACCAUGAGACCUCUUUUACUCGGAGUGCUGGGCUGCUCUUUGGUCCUGUCUGUCCACGCCAUGUACUCAUCCAGUGAUGAUGUUAUCGAGCUUACACCCUCCAACUUCAACAGGGAGGUGAUCCAGAGCGACAGUCUGUGGCUGGUGGAGUUUUACGCUCCCUGGUGUGGCCACUGUCAAAGUCUGGCUCCAGAGUGGAAAAAGGCAGCUACAGCCCUCAAGGGCAUCGUUAAGGUCGGUGCCGUCGACGCUGACCAGCAUAAGUCACUGGGAGGCCAGUAUGGCGUCAGAGGGUUCCCCACCAUCAAGAUCUUUGGAGCCAAUAAAAACAAACCAGAGGAGUACCAAGGGGGACGCAGUAGCCAGGCCAUUGUGGAUGGAGCAAUGAAUGCUUUGCGUACGCUUGUGAAAGAGCGGCUGAGUGGCAAAUCUGGUGGCUCUGGCUACAGCAAACAGCAGAGUGGCGGCGGCGACAAGAAAGACGUGAUCGAGCUCACAGAUGACAACUUUGACAAGCUGGUGCUGGAGAGUGGAGACGUUUGGAUGGUGGAGUUUUUCGCUCCCUGGUGUGGACACUGCAAAAACCUGGAGCCAGAGUGGACAGCUGCAGCCACAGCUGUGAAGGAGCAGACCAAGGGCAAAGUUCACCUCGGAGCCGUGGACGCUACUGUACACCAGGUUCUAGCUAGCCGCUACGAGAUCCGUGGAUUUCCCACAAUCAAAAUUUUCCGCAAAGGGGAGGAGCCAGAGGUCUACCAGGGAGGUCGCUCUCGUGGAGACAUCAUUGAGAAAGCACUGGACCUGUUCUCGGACAACGCUGCUCCUCCUGAGCUGCUGGAGAUCCUUAAUGAAGACAUCCUGAAGAACACCUGUGAGGACAGUCAGCUGUGUAUAAUUGGCGUCCUGCCUCACAUCCUGGACACGGGUGCUGCUGGUAGAAACGGAUACCUGGAAGUGAUGAUGAAGAUGGCUGAUAAGUAUAAGAAGAAGUCAUGGGGCUGGCUCUGGACGGAGGCGGGCGCUCAGAUGGAGCUGGAGGCCUCUCUGGGUAUCGGUGGGUUUGGCUACCCUGCCAUGGCGGCCAUCAACGCACGCAAGAUGAAAUUUGCUCUCCUUCGAGGCUCUUUCAGCGAGACUGGCAUUCACGAAUUCCUCCGGGAGCUUUCUGUUGGCCGUGGAUCGACCGCUACGCUGGGAGGUGGCACCAUGCCCAAGAUUAACACUGUGGAAGCCUGGGAUGGCAAAGAUGGACAGCUUCCUGUGGAGGAGGAAUAUGACCUGAGUGAUGUAGACCUGGAUGACGACUUUGGGAAGGAUGAGUUAUGAGUCCGAAUCACUUAGGAUCUGACCCAGGCUGACUCGGUUGGGUCUGGUGCUGUUUGGUCCCACCUUCCCUCUCCUGGACGAAUCAGACACCGUCGCUCAGUUACUGAAGAAAAGACAUCAGACAUCUGCAGUUUUUCUACAUCAUAAAUCUGUCCCACAGAGACAGGAGGGAGGGGACCCGUGUCCCCGCGGUGAAUUCACUUUCAUAAACCUGCUGAACGUUGGAGAAGCUGGAUAUUUAUAAAGCUGCCACCAGCUGAGGUGAGGACGUUCCCUCUCCCCUCCUCAGCUGCCUUAAAGCACCUGUUUUAGGACGUGGACUUGUGAAAGUAACAACCUGAUAUGAUUUCUGUCUUUGAGAAGCGGCCUGUGAGGAUCUUGGUGGAUUUGUCAUGUCUGUUCAGGAUACGGGGAUUCUACGGGACUUGUGUAGAUUUUUCUUACACGAUUUUAUUUCAACUGUGUGAAAACAAAAUUACAUUUUUGUUACAAAAAUAAAAGAAUAAAAACAA